AUGUGUGACUUUGAAUUGGCUAGAUCAGCUCUUAUGGGUGAACAGGAGGAUGCUGGCUUCAUGGAAAGAGUUGUUUUGGAGAUUGGAUUGCUGAUAAUUUUAAGAUUAGAAGGCAUUACAUUGGUAUUUAAAAACAAUCCAUUAAAGGGUGUACAAGUUUUGUCAACAUUUGAUUUGGUUUUAGCUGUUCGAGCUUUUGUUCAAUCUGAAAUCAAACAUCAAUUACGAGAAUUAAUUCAAGAUCAAUCUCCAUCACCUACUUUGGUACCUGAUUGUGCUGAAUCUUAUGAUCCCACUUAUGGACUUGGACCAUCACAUCCGCCUCUGAUUGGAAAAUUCACUCGAUAUUGUUCUUUGGCAGCCAAGGAAGCUCAAACUCAAGGUUUAAGUGAAGUUUUAGAAGAGGAUGAUGAUACUAAAGAUGAAAGUAUCAUGCCAACCUCUCCAUCGGAUCCUCUAUCACCACCACUACCUUACUCCUUUACCACGACUUUCAACUUCUCAAAUCAAGAAGCUCAAUUUCCAUUUGCAUAUCUUAUCAUUUUGGGAGGAGGUGGUGUUGAUAAAAGUGCAUUAACUGUUCAGUUUGUACAUGAUCCGUUUGAAAAAUCAUAUGAGGAUAUACCUCUUAUGUUGUUAUUACUUUGUAAGAUUGAUGCAGACGGAUGA